GGAUGCAAAUGGGAGCCCUGGGAUUUACCCCGUACGUAUUUCUCUUUCUCUCUGCUCUGCUCUUCCAAAUUUUUAGUUUUCUGUAUCUUUUCUAUAUUUUUCUUCUGUUGUUUGGUUAACUGGAUUGAUUCUCUGUUUGCUGCAUCAAUUUUCCUUUAUUCCCCCGAACCGAAUGGCUUCUUCAUUCCCAAUCAUUAUUCUCAUCCCAUUUCAUAUGUAAUAUAGUAAUAUCUUGAAUUAAUAAAGGUAUACGUCAUAUAUCAUAAUAAUAAAAAAUUAAAAAAAAAAACAAAAAUUAAAAAAGAAUGAAGAUGAUGACAUGCUACACAUGCAAUGACGAAGUCAUCAAAGCUGAAAAGACGGCAAAUGGAAGACCGACCAUAACGCUAAGCGGAGAUGUCUAUUAUGAUUGUUUGUGGGUUUACGAAGAAAAGGAAUAGCGGCGACAAAAACAAUGAGAAGGGCCUGCAAUUGCGACGCAUUUGGCACUGUGUGAAUGUCCGUAUACGCACUUAGAGAUGCUCAUUUUCGGGAGAAUCAGUAUAAGAAAACCAAUGGAUAGAUUCAAAUAAUAAGAAAUGGGGCCACCAAGCGAUAGUGGCAUUAGGGGAAGAAGGAAAUCGUCAUCGAGGGGUCACCAUAGAUUUGUGGGAGUUCGUCAGAGACCUUCGGGAAGAUGGGUGGCGGAGAUCAAGGACUCCCUGCAGAAGGUUAGGCUUUGGCUUGGAACCUUCGACACUGCCGAAGAUGCGGCCCGCGCAUACGAUGAUGCAGCGCGAGCCUUGCGGGGUGUCAAUGCCCGUACUAACUUCGACUUACCACAUCAUCGUCACUCCUCCGCAUCCCAUAUCGGCACUACUUCUAGCGGCGAUCACGCCGAGCCCUUUUCGUUUGAGGACAUAUGCUGCGGCGGUGGCAACUCAAUAGGGACGACUGAAACAGAAGAAGGUCUUCUUGGUGCUCUUAAGGCUAAGUUACUUGAUGGAAGGGGACUUCGGGUGCUUCCGCUGUUACCCAACAACAAUAAUAUCAAAAUCAAAGGUAGCAACAACAACAACAAUAAUAAUACUAACGCAGAGCUAAAGGCAUCAACAUCCACGACCGCCGCUACUAGUAGUAUUACUAUUAAUGGAGAUGGAUCAUCAUAUGCGAAUUCGAACCCCAUGCAGCCAGAUCAUCUCCUCUCACAUCAUCACCACGUUGGGAAUGUCCAGUGGCAUCACCAUGAUCAUGAUCAGCUGGCUGCGGGUAAUAAUUCCCAAACAAUAAUAUCCACAUCAACCCAGCCAAGCGCUGCUGUGUGGUCUAAUGGUAACAGUAAUAAUAAUAGUCAGGUUAAUCAUCUGGAGUCUUGGGUGCCACAAUUGAAGCAUAUGGUUCCUGAUCAUCAUGAUCAAGACGGCUUGUUUGCUGCUGUGACUUGGGCCGUGCCCAGGCUUGAUUCAAGUAGUGUUAAUAAUUUGUCAUAUACGGAUAAGUUCUACUGCUCUUUGGAGCCGCCAACAAUUAAGGUUGAUGCUAAUUUGAGUUCAUCUUCCGCAAUACAUCAUGGGACAUCUGAAGGGUUUUGGUCAUCGGAUCACCAGCAAUUUGAGGUUUGCCAAGGUGCUAAUGCCUCUUGGGAUCCUCUCUUCUAUAUGUCUUCCGUGCUAGGGUGAUUAAUUGCUGAUGCAUCUUAAUUAAUUUGUUCCUUCUAUUAUAAUUAAUAUAUAUAUAGUUAAUUAAUGCAAUUCUUUCGACCUUGUGCCUAUCGGGUAUGUUCGAUAUGCAGGUAGUGUAAUAAUUCUGUUGCACUAUAUUGAACUAGAUGGUAUUGUAUUAAAUUGUAUUGUGUUAAUAAUAUUGUACAUUGU